CUUGAACCGAGGCAGAUUAAGGACCUGUAGAAUACAUAAUGGGCCGGUCGUGCAGAGGAUGUAGAAGUAUGCUUCCCUGUUUUGUCGUAAAACACUAUUCGGUUAGCUCGCUUCAAGAUGCAUUUCUUUACUUUACUCUUGUCCUCCAUUGUUCUUGUUGGUGAAGUUGUAGGGACUCUGACAUGGAGAGUUGGACAACCUGUAUUGACCACGAGUGGACUCGUUGUGGGCCAGGCAUCUUCCAAGCGGAGCGCUGUAUCCGAAUACCUGGGCAUUCCGUUCGCAAAACCUCCUGUUGGUGACUUGAGAUGGGCACCGCCUCAGACGAUCAGGCACGACGGGAAAGUCAUAAAUGCGACUCAAUAUAGCUCUUGCGCUGAAUCCGCCUCUCGACUGGCGAAUAGCAACCCGGAUUCCCCUCAGAAUAUCGGUCAAUCGGAGAAUGAGCAAAGAGAGGACUGUUUAUAUCUCAACAUCUGGACCAAGCCACAGAUCGGCGACAGAAAGAAGGCAGUCAUGAUCUGGAUCUACGGAGGUGGCUUUGUCGUCGGCAGCGGAGCUAAUGCCGUCUAUAAUGGGGCAUCGCUUGCGGACGAAGAGGACGUGAUUCUGGUGACUAUCAACUAUCGUCUUGGUGUUCUCGGAUUCUCUGGCGUUCCUUUGCCGGAAAGAAACUUCGGCCUUCUCGACCAGCGUGUUGCCAUAGAAUGGCUCCGAGACAACAUAGCAAGAUUCGGUGGCGAUCCCAGAAGAAUGGUCAUAUUCGGCCAGUCGGCAGGUGGGUUGAGUGUAGACUUCUACAGCUACGCGUAUCGACGCGAUCCGAUCGUCUCGGGCUUCAUCUCUCAGAGUGGCUCGGCGUCAGGGAUCCCAGCAUCGCCGCCCUCCAACGCAACGGUGGUCUCGUGGUCAGGUCUCUCGAAUACACUCGGCUGUGGUACAGUUGCAUCAGAGUCAGAUGCGACGAAGACUCUCAAGUGUAUGCGCGAUGCACCUGCGAGUGCCAUCCUUGAUGCCACUGCUCCGAGGGAAUCGGGUGACGCAGUUGGUACGUGGGGUCCUAAGGCUGAUGAGAAGACCAUUCCGUCCGGGCUCGCUGCUCGUGCUGCUCGUGGAGAGUUUGUCAAACGGCCCAUGCUUGUUGGCAACGUCAACAACGAAGGUGCCUCCUCCGGAACCCAGCCCGGAAGUCUGGUCAGCCUUCUUCGGAACUGCCCUUCAUCUGCGGCUGCUCGAGCACGGCGCGCCGCUGGCGUUCCAGCCUGGCGAUAUCUAUACGCUGGCGAGUUCCCGAAUCAGAGUCUCGGGCCCGCUUUUGCCAACGUUUCUGGCGCGUGGCAUGGAGCAGAGAUUGCGCUCAUCUUCGGGAAUACUGGGUUGGGGGAUAAUGGUCCAGACACGGAGAACGAGACGAAGCUGAUCAAAAAGAUUCGAGCGGCGUGGACGGGAUUCGCGAAGGACCCGGUUCGCGGCUUGUCGAAGCUAGGUUGGCCGCAAUACGAUCUUCAGACCGAAUCUGUCAUAGUGAUUGGAGGGAGGGACUCUGAUGCAAUCACUUUUGAAUCGCCAUCAGUCACAGACCAGGGCGUUUGCAAUAGUACGGCACUGAAGGCCUGAGAGGGCUACAAGCUGCUUAAAGCAUUCGCUUUCGCUGUCCCCGUAGCGUUUAUAUGGUUUAGUCCGCAAAGACCAUUUCUAGACGUUCUCUUUCAGCA